AUGGACGAGUUAAUUUCACAGAUUAGAAACACAGAAACAAAAGAGAGAGACGAAGCAAGUUCCUUAGAAAAUGAUAGUGACCAUCCUAUGGACGACACCGCAUCUAAAGACCUGUCUGACGAAGAUCCACAUAACCCAUUUAACCAGGAGGAAGUCGAAAAAACCUUAGAUGAAGAUGAAGAAGAUAUCCAUGAGCUUACAUCCUCCCAAGUUUCUACGCCGCUUCACAUCAUGAAGUUAGAUUUUAAUGUACUAAAGCAGAUAAGAAGAGAAAUACAGGCCAAAAUGGACAUAGAUGAAAUAAAGAAAAGCAAAAAGUAUAAGGUUGAAGGAGAGUUUACAGGGAUAAUCAAAAAACUAGACAUGUUUGGAGGAGAUGUAGCUUGUUUAGAGCUAGUAGACGAAAGCGACUCCAUAUACGGGUCUUGUUCCCAGAGAGUGGUUGACGAAUUUGGAUUGAAGGUGGGUGCGAUUAUAGUACUGUCCAAUUGUUCUCUAUGGAAGAUUAAUGGAAAUCAUCUAAACAUAGUUUCUGAAAACAUAAGGAAGGCUGUUUAA